GUUGCCUUGGAGAGAGCGCCUUAAGUUUCUUUGCCAUCUUUGGUACAGCCGGUAGAGCGGGGCCACUGGACGCGCGAGACUGUUGUCAGACAGGGAUCCGACCUCAACAGAAAUGUCGGAAAGUGGGAGUCAGGAAGCCUCGAACGGCAGCGGCAGCACGUUAACACCCAAACCGUCUUUUGGCAACAAAGUGACAGUCGUGCUCGGUGCUCAGUGGGGCGACGAAGGGAAGGGAAAAGUUGUGGAUCUGCUGGCACAGGACGCGGACAUGGUGUGCAGAUGUCAGGGAGGCAACAACGCCGGCCACACAGUGGUCGUGGACUCAGUAGAGUACGACUUCCACCUCCUACCCAGCGGCAUCAUCAACCCCAAGGUCACUGCCUUCAUCGGCAAUGGGGUUGUGAUCCAUAUUCCUGGCAUGUUUGAAGAGGCAGAAAAAAAUGAGCGCAAAGGAAAAGGCCUGAAAGGCUGGGAGAAGAGGUUGAUCAUCUCAGACAGGGCACACAUCGUGUUUGACUUCCACCAAGCAGUCGAUGGCGUUCAGGAACAGCAGAGGGAAGAGCAAGCAGGCAAGAACCUUGGGACAACAAAGAAAGGGAUCGGUCCAGUUUACUCCGCCAAGGCGGCACGCAGCGGCCUGAGGAUAUGUGACUUACUGGCAGACUUCACUCAGUUCUCAGAAAGGUAUAAAAUCCUGGCCCAUCAAUACAAGUCCAUGUACCCGACGCUGGAGAUAGACAUAGAGGGAGAGCUGGAAAGAUUAAAGCACUAUUUGGAGCGGAUUAGACCCAUGGUGAGGGACGGGGUUUACUUCAUGUACGAGGCUCUUCGUGGUCCCCCCAAAAAAAUCCUGGUGGAAGGAGCCAAUGCUGCGCUGCUCGAUAUAGACUUUGGGACAUAUCCGUUCGUGACGUCGUCAAACUGCACGGUGGGGGGGGUGUGCACAGGUCUGGGCAUGCCUCCCCACAAUGUGGGCGAGGUUUAUGGAGUGGUGAAGGCGUACACCACCCGAGUGGGGAUCGGCGCUUUCCCCACAGAGCAGAGCAACGACGUUGGAGAGCUGCUGCAGACUCGAGGGAAAGAGGUGGGCGUGACCACAGGCAGAAAGCGGCGAUGCGGUUGGCUGGAUCUGGUGCUUAUCAAAUAUGCAAACAUGAUUAACGGCUUCACUGCUAUAGCGCUCACCAAACUGGACAUCCUUGACGUUUUUCCAGAGAUAAAAGUGGGCAUAGCCUACAAAGUCAACGACGAAAUAAUACCUCACUUCCCAGCCAAUCAGGAGGUGCUGCACCGCGUGGAGGUUCAGUAUGAGACGCUGCCCGGCUGGAAAAGCGACACUUCGGCAGCCCGGAGCUUUGAGGAGCUUCCUGAAAACGCUCAGAAAUACGUUCACUUCAUUGAGGAGCACGUGGGAGUGCCUGUUAAGUGGAUCGGAGUGGGAAAGUCUCGGGAGUCCAUGAUCCAGCUGUUUUAGAUGGUACAGCAGAAAGACGCGACGGCGCCGCACAACGGCAGAUCCACAGUACCCUUCCUCCCAAGCCCCUCCCUUUCUCACACAGCCUACCUACCCAUAACCUUCAGCAGAGGCCACGCCCCCCUCUCAUGUUCUCUCUUUGUAAGGUCAGGCGGUGCCGCGUCACAGGCCGAAUCCCUCUUGUUUAAAAGUCUCCACUCCUGGAUUUGGGGUGGAAUUUUUUUAAUCCUUUUUUGCAGCCAAAACUGAAAAACCUGCCGCCAUCAAAUCGGAGGGGAGGAUCAGAACUGAGCUGACACGGAUCACUCUGAUCUCAAACUCUGUUUUUGUCAAACACUGUUGUGUAGUUUAAAAAAUGCACUGUACCAGUUGGAUGUAAAUCAGUUUUAACCUCAGCACUUUAGAUGCUUCUUUCUGCUGGUUGAUUUCCGUGUGUGAGGUGCAUCCUGACUCCAUAAAGGGAACUUAGCUUUUCUUGUUUUAUUGCAACUUUUUUCAUUCUACUUUUUUUCUUUGUCAAGUUAAAAGAAUUAUCUGAUUGUACCCAGACAACGCUUCCAUGAAUGCAGUAAAGUCAACACCUCUUGUGAAAGUCUUGUUCAAAGCAGUUUAGUGGGUCAUUGGGGGUCCUCCAUCUCAAAUGUGGUUGUUUCUUUUCAGAAGUUUUGGUUUCUUUGUACUUUUCAGCACAGUGUUCUGUCAAUGUGGGAGAAAGGUAAUAACAACUAAGAACUGAUAAAUUAGAUUUAGGAUAUUUUGUUGUUGUCAUCAUCUUUCUCAUUGAUUUUUGUAAAAAUAGACUCAGGUUGAGACAUCAGAUGAAGUUCUGUCAUUUUUGUGUGCUAAAUUAGCCUUAAAAUUGUAAAAUAAUGAUGAUUUGAGUCCAAAACAUAUAUAUGCAAACAUUAGACCGAGUGAAUCUACGAUGUUCCCGUAGGAAAACUGUUCUGUGUUUAUAUUAAGAGGAAGUCUCUAAACUUCUAAAAGUUUCCUAAGAUUUUCAUUUUAAGUGGCUUUAAAGCGGCGUGUCACUCCGCCUCCUGCAGAGGGAGCUCUCACUAUAAAAACAGUUAACUGAGCUUUGUUUAUCCUUAAUUUCUUGAUGAACAAGAACACAAACCUGUUUACCACAAAUUACUGUCUUUAUGAAUAUUUGAGCAUUAAAAUGAUCUUGGUCCAUCAGUAAAAAUAUCAAAACAAUCUAAGAUAUUUAACAUGUUUUUUCUACAUUUACAUAUGAUUCAUUAACAAUGAAGCUUCAUUAGUGGAAAUGAAGACAUGUUUAUUAAACUAUUGAUAAAGAUCAACUGAAGACAGUCCCCAUAGUGACUGUAAGCCGCACAGGCUGGGGAAACCUACACCUGUUAAGAACAAAUACUAUGUUUUUGAAUUAUCUAGGCAAUGUGCCUGCUGCAGACACAAGGAUCACACAUUUGCAGAAUUGCUCAAGCUGAAAUUUAUUUCCAAACAACCGAUAACAAUUUUGAUUUGAAAGUGUCCGUUGCCCUCCUGAAACGUCUUUACAUUCUUGAGUUUUCAGGACGUCUCAGUUUCCCUUUGCUGGUUUUUAAAAACAAUGACUUCAUUCUUACUUUUAGUGGCAACACACUCACAGCUUCAAUUAUGUGCCUUUCAGACGAUUUUCAUGUUAAUUUAGUUUUUUAUCACCGUAAACGAGUAAUUUAACCAAACAUCAAGAGUCAGGCCAUUUCAAUAAAUAAAUGAGAGCAGUUGUAUGAUGGUAUCCUAUUUGGUUUCCAGCAGCAUAAUUACCAUGCACCCACUCUGAUGCAUUUCUAAAAUGAGUUUUUUUUUCAAUGUAUCCAUUAUUUUGAGUCAAAUAGACAUGGAUCUGUUGUGAAUCUGUGGGGUCCUGAAGAUAAAUCUGGAAAAAGAAAUAAAAAGUUUAACUUUUUCUGA